CAAAGGAGGCGAACCAAACCAAAAGAGUCGAGUCUGUGAUAGAAGGAAGGCAGGCGAUAAAUUUCCUGCCCGUAGGAGGAAGCUAUUUUCCGGUGCUUUUAUCUGUUGGAAACUAUUGAAACAAUCUCGUGGGUGUAGAUUAGGUUUCAGGAUAUCGAAAAUAGCAACAGAACUAUCAGGAUUGAGUGCAAUUUUGCAGCUUGAGUGGAAAAAUGUCGACCAGUGCUGGUUCGAGUAGCGCUGCCGGAACAACGGCCGCUGGUAGUGGUUCAGCUGGAAGCGCGGGAGGUAGCAGCGGUGGUGGCGGCGGUAGCGGAAGCAGCAGCACUGGAUCCGGCGGUGGACGUCGCAAUGGCAAUGGAAACGGAAACGGCAGCGGAAACACCACACCGGAGGCACCGGCUGUGCCCAAGCCCGAGACGAAGGAAACCAAGUCGAAUCCGAAGAUUUCCAAAGCACUAGGAACGUCCGCCAAGCGUAUCCAGAAGGAGUUGGCUGAAAUCACACUUGAUCCGCCACCGAACUGCAGCGCUGGUCCCAAGGGAGAUAACCUAUACGAAUGGGUUUCGACUAUCCUGGGGCCGCCCGGAUCCGUGUACGAGGGAGGUGUGUUUUUCCUGGAUAUUCACUUCUCACCGGAAUAUCCGUUCAAACCGCCCAAGGUCACAUUCAGAACGAGGAUAUAUCAUUGCAAUAUCAACAGCCAAGGUGUGAUCUGCCUCGAUAUCCUCAAGGAUAAUUGGUCUCCGGCGCUGACCAUCUCGAAAGUGCUGCUUUCCAUUUGUUCUCUACUAACAGACUGCAAUCCAGCUGAUCCAUUGGUUGGAAGUAUUGCCACUCAAUAUCUGCAGAAUCGGGAAGAGCAUGACCGGAUUGCUCGCCUGUGGACUAAGAGAUAUGCAACGUGAUUUCCUAAAUCCGACGUUCUGUAUAUUUUUUAUGUGAAAAUCAGUAAUAUUUAUAAAACUAACCAUAACGAAGGAAACAUACUACAACUAAUAAUCUAAAAGAAGAAGUAAUAAACGUAGCAAACACUCAAUACAAAUCAGAAUUCCAAACUUGAAACAAAAGAAAACAAUUAGAAAACUCCCGUCGGCAAUUUGUAUUUUAUGCGACCUCCUGCGUGUGUGUCGCUAUUUCAAUAAUCCUUUUCUCUAACUUGAAACCUCGAUCCCCAUCUCGUCGUUGGAAUUUGUUGAGCAUUUGCAAAAAAAAAAUCCUUGGAACCUAACAGGACAACACUCGCAGGUAGUACAUAGACUAAUUUCCGUUCCCACGUGGUUUGCGUUGCCGUUGUGGAUCGACUUGCGUGACGUAGCCGGAAACGGGGACAUACCUACUACAUAUUUCCGCAGGCUCAUCAGCAAUUCCUCUGUCCGGUUUUUUUUAUCGGUUCCGAAGGAAAGCUAUCCACAUUAGUACGAUAAUUAAGUGAAGUAAAAAAAUAGGAUUUAUAAUUGAAACGCGAUGUCGCCGUCUUCAUUAAGUUUGUUUUGUAGCAGGAUAAUCCAGGAUAGGAUUAAUUUGAUCAAAUGGACAAAAUAAGUACUGUGAAAUGAUUGGCAGCGCGUGGUAAUGCAGUAAUGUAAUGAUGGACGAUGUUCUUACUUCUGAAAAGUAGGUAGUUCUAAAAGUGCUGCAUAUUAGAAGUGAAAAAAUAAAGUUGAUGGCUCAACGAAUGUCUUUCUUUCUUUCUAUUGGCAUGAUGAUGUACAAAUUGUGAAUCGUCAGACAAUUCUAGGUUAAAUUUAGUAACUACAGAUUUAGUUUAAAAUGUACAAUUGACUUUUCAACACUUCUUCAUUAUUAGUUCCUUCUCCUACAAGUUUUGUUUUGAGACAAUAUGAAAAGUUGUAUUUUCUGAAAAUAUUACGGUUCGCUUCAGGAUGCCUCCACUCGGCACAACAUGAUGUGAUUAAAAAUUUCUCAAAGACUGAUGCCACUGAUUAUUUGAAGUCAUCAAUAAUGCGUGAUCUCAAACACAAAGAUAGAAGUAAUGAAGGUAUGCAAAUGUGACAACAAAUAUGUGUUGUGCCGUGCUAAGAGUGAGGAGACUACGAGGUUGUAUAUUUUCAGUAAAUAUUCCUAAACAUAUCUGUACCUAAGUAGCACCACGUAGCGUUACUUAAUGAAAGAAGGAACCGUUCGGUUAAUUAGAAAACGUAUGCAAAUUCUGGGCACCAUAACAGCUCACCACGUGCAGAAUAUGAGUAGGUAAUUAUUAGGCCUGAUUGUUAACUAGAGCAUGGAAAACAAAAUCGUGGAUUAAUGUGAUAUGUAAAAAUCGAAUUGAAAGCCAACAGAGUAACGAGUAAAAUCUGAUUAGUAAGAAAACAAGUUCCCUUUUUUUCUGAUAAUUCGCACCAGACUAUUCUAAUGCUUAUUUUGUUUUGCCAAGUCCAAAUUCGUUCGAUAUCAUCCUAUGGCCUACAUUUGAUUUGGAGCAAGCGCGAAUUAAAUACUGCAAUCAUUUCAGAUUGACUGCUAGAAUACGAAUGCAAGCACAAUAAGUACAGAAGUCCUUUAAAAUCCUCUUUUUUUUAAACCUUUGGGCAAAUAAACCCGUUCAGCCAAGCAGGAGAUUAGAGAGUCGGAAGGAAGGAAACAUCCGAAAUUGAAAAGAAUACAAUAUUUAAACUAUACAGAUAAUAAAAUGCAGUAAAUGUGUAUCAAA